AUGCCUCGCGUACUCAUCACCGGCGGCGCAGGCUUAAUAGGGCCUCUCCUAGCAACCCGUCUCCUCUCAGACCCAUCCUACGAAGUAAUCCUCACAGACAUAAUCUCACCACCCAUCCCACCCAAAGCCAAACACCCAGAAAACUGCAAACCCAUACAAGCCGAUCUCUGCGACCCUUCAUCUCUCAAAUCCCUCAUCGACACCUCCCUCCCCCUCGAUGCAGUCUGCAUUUUCCACGGCAUCAUGUCCUCGGGCAGCGAAGCCAACUUCGAACUCGGCAUGAAAGUAAACCUACACUCCACCCUCUCCCUCCUCGAAGCCCUCCGUCUUGUCCACAAACCAAACCAACCACUCCUCCGCGUCCUCUACGCCUCCUCCCAAGCCGUAUACGGCCAGCCUCUCCCAGCCGUAAUCGACGAAUCCGUCUUCCCGACCCCAGAAGGCAGUUACGGCGCGCAAAAGCUAUGCUGCGAGACGCUCCUAAACGACUAUACGCGUAAAGGCUUCCUCGACGGCUACUCCCUCCGUUUCCCGACCAUCAGCGUACGAGGCGGCAAGCCCACCGCCGCAGCGAGUUCCUUUCUCAGCGGCAUGAUCCGCGAGCCGAUGAAUAACCAAGAAUGCGUUAUCCCGCUCAAAGACCGGUCGUUUCGGUCCUGGCUCUGCUCCCCCAAAACUUUGGCCGAGAAUCUAUUUCACGCGUUGAAACUUGGGGCGGAUGCGCUGCCGAAGCAUAAGAGGGUGGUUAAUAUGCCUGGCAUCGGGGUUAGUGUGCAGGAUAUGAUGGAUGCGUUGGAGAGGGUGGCGGGGAAGGAGAAACUACAGUACUUGAGGGAGGAGACGGAUGAGGAGAUGGAGAGGAUUCUGAGGAGUUGGGGGACGGAGUUUGAUAAUAGUUUGGCGUAUGGGCUGGGGUUUAGGAAGGAUGUUAGUUUUGAGGAGGCGGUUAGGGAUUAUGUUGAUAGUUUGAAAGAGUAG